AAAAGAUAAAUUGACGUUUUAGUUGAUGUAGAAUAGAAAGAGGAAAAAAUGUCUACAAAAAACAAGCGCGGUGGCUGGUGGAUGGCUGGAUUUAAAUUAUAACCCAAUUGGUUAAUUUAAGGGUGUUUUAAUUUUAUUUUAAGUACCUAGUACAUACCUAGGUAAAAAAUAAUUUUCUUAAGGAAAGUCAGGAAAUAGAAAAAAAAUCAAAGCGAAGUAAUUAUCCUUGAAAUCGCUUUUUCGGAGGCAGAGAAAUAAAUCGUUAAAAUACCUAUAACAGAACAACUAAAACAUGGCUAAUAUUUCUAAUAAAAAUAAGCCGCAGUUACCGAAAUCGGUCCUGGAAAUGAAGUUUAUGCGAAAAACUAAAGAGCGUAUUGAAAAGGAAAUUGAAAACACACAAGGACAUGAUAGUUUGUACUCCAAUAUUAUAACAAAUGAAAUGAGGCAUGCAAGUGGGAAUUUUAUAACGGAAUCAAGUUUUAUCUUUUGCGAAGAUCUUUUAGAAGGUAGAUUAUCUUUUAAAGGCAUGAAUCCAGAAAUUGAACGGCUUAUGGAUGAAAAUGGAGCGAAUGAAAAUGAUGGUGAAAUGGACAAAGAUAUAUCUGAUGAAAUUUUAGCAAAGAAAAUGGCAGCUUUUAAUAAAAGGAAAAGGCAAUCAACAGAUACUCCUAGUAAAUACUCAGUUGUCAAAAAGAAAAAGUAACCAGUGUAUUUUAUUAACUAAUAUGGAUAUUCUUUAUCUCUAUGACAUUAAAGAUGCUUGUUAGAUACAAACAACUAUUUAUGGCCUGAUGAGUUAAGCUGAGAAUAACAGUUUAAUACCUAGAUAAUAAUAUUCUAUUGUGAGUAAUAAAGUACAUACCUAUUGA